GUGGGAUCACCUUUGGCUUAACGAAGGCUUUGCUACUUGGGUUGGAUACCUUGCUGUGGACAAGAUCUUUCCUGAUUGGGAUAUCUGGACUCAGUUUGUUACGGAAGGUUUUCAACGAGGACUUCAGCUUGAUGCCUUAAGAUCAUCUCAUCCUAUCGAAGUUCCCAUUUUUGACGCCAUAAGUUACUACAAAGGUGCUUCAGUCAUACGUAUGUUGAGUAACUUCAUAGGAGAAAAUGUUUUCUUAGCCGGUGUUAGGCGUUAUUUGAAACGUCACGUGUAUAGUAAUGCUAGCACUGAUGAUUUAUGGAAUGCCUUAACUGAAGAAAGUGGAGUUGAUGUCGGCCAAUUCAUGACGGGUUGGACUAGAAUUGUUGGUUAUCCAGUUUUAACUGUUACUGAACCUUCUUCUGAUACGUUACACAUUUGUCAAUCCCGUUUCCUUUCAACUGGGAAACUCAGUUCUAAUGAAGAUACUACACAUUGGUGGGUGCCACUUGGAAUAAGCCUUGGAUCUUCAUCAUCUAGUGAUGAACUUAAAUCUAAAGUUCUUACUACAAAAGAGAUUGAUUUAAAAUUGCCGGCUGGUGCAUCUGAAUUCUAUAAACUUAAUUCUUAUGUAACUGGCGUUUUUCGCGUAAAUUAUGCCCCAGACCGAUUGGCAAAGUUGGGUCUCGCUGCCAAGAAAGGUUUACUUAAUACUAGUGAUCGAGUUGGGUUAGUUGCCGAUGCUGGUGCUUUGGCGGUAAGUGGUUAUGCAAAAACGAGCGGCUUUUUAAGCCUCAUUAAUGAAUUCGACAAUGAAGAUAAAUACAUCGUAUGGUUGGAGAUUAAUUCUCGUAUUACGGAUCUCUUAAGUGUGUGGUUUGAACAACCUGAGCCUAUAUACCAAGGACUUUUAGCUUUUCAACGUCAUUUAGUUUCUAAAUUGGUUUCCAAAUUGGGUUGGGAAUAUCCCGAAAACGAAGACUACUUAAUCACUAUGAUGAGGACUUUGGUAAUUAAAGUUGCUGGCAGGGCUAAAAAUCCUGAAGUUAUUAAGGAAGCAUUUCGUAGAUUUGAAUUGUUUACAAAAAACAAUGACAAAUCGGCUUUACAUCCUAAUAUUCGUGGAGCUGUUUACGAAAUUGUACUUUGUAAUGGUGGCGGAGUAAAUGAAUUUGAUGCAAUUUUGAAAGCCUAUCGCGAAGCAAAUACUUCAGAUCAGAAAGUCAUUGCUUUAACUGGUCUCGGAUUCGCUCAACAAGAAGAUUUGAUUAAACGUGCAUUAGAAUUUUCCAUAUCGAAUGAGGUUAAGAAUCAGGACAUUAUUUAUGCAUUCCAAGGCCUGCAAUUCAAUCGUAAAUCGCGAAAGGCACUAUGGUGUUUUGUUAAGGAAAGAUGGGAAACUUUUCACGACCUAUAUGCCAAAUCUCUUGGUUUGUUUGGACAUAUAAUUAAAUUUAGUACCGAUUCUUUUUCAUCUGACGCCGAUAUUAAAGAUAUUGAAGAUUUCUUUUCUAACAAAAAUACUAAAGACUUUUUAAGACCUUUACAACAAAGUCUAGAAAACAUUCGUGUCAAUGCUGCUUGGUUAGCACGUGAUAAAAAGGAUGUUGAGGAUUGGUUGAGAGCUAAUGGGUAUUUGCAAUGA